AAAACGGCGUCUCUCUGCAGCUGAUCGGAGGUUUUAAUCACUGACUUCUCCCGAAUCUCGACAUAAACACCUCUUCCCUGGAACAUGCUGGUCAAGGCCUAUUUGUGGCUGAGCAAACUCUGCCAAGUUCUCCUGAUUGGAUUCACUUAAUUAAAGCACCACCCCACAUAAACAAGCAACUGGAUUUUACAAAGAAAAAAACACCUGGCCCCCAAACAGGAAGUAGAACCAUGACUGUUCCCUGUACGGACCAAUAGGAAGCGUUCUAAACUGAACAUGUGGGAAAGCGGGGGGCCUUCCGUCUCAACCGCCUCCCCCCUCCUUUGGCUCCUCCUGUUCUCUGGAAUAUUCCUGGGCACUACGCCGGCACGGGCCUGCCCCAAGAGCUGCCACUGCGUGGAGAAGAGCGGCCUGACCGCCGUGCAGUGCACCUCGCGCAACCUGGACCGCAUCCCGCCAGACCUUCCCCGCGACACGGCCGUGCUCCUGCUGUCCUCCAACCACAUCACCUCCAUCCCCAGCCAGGCCUUCAAGGACCUGCACCACCUGCAGGAGCUGGACCUGUCCAACAACAACAUCGACACGGUGGACGCCGGGGCCUUCCAGGGCGUGGCCGACAGCCUGGACUCGCUGGACCUCUCCCACAACCGGCUGAGCCACGUGCCCCGGGAGGCCUUCGCCCGCCUGCAGGCCAAGAUCAGCCUGUCGGACAACCCCUGGCACUGCGAGUGUGCGCUGCAGGAGGUUCUGCGGGAGCUGCGGCUGGACCCCGAGACGGUCAACGAGGUCAUGUGCACCACGGCGGUGCAGGAGGAGCAUGCCGGAAAGCCUGUGAUCCAGGUGCUGGACUCCGGGGUGAACCUGUGCAACUUCCACCACAAGACCACCGACGUGGCCAUGUUCGUCACCAUGUUCGGCUGGUUCGCCAUGGUCAUCGGCUACGUCAUCUACUACGUGCGACACAACCAGGAGGACGCGCGGCGCCACCUGGAGUACCUCAAGUCCCUGCCCAGCAGCACCCAGCUCAGCAAGGACCUGGACACCAUCAGCACCGUGCUAUAGCAUCCGGCGGACUGGGGGGAGUGGGAGAGAGUGCAUGUGUUUGUGUGUGGGUGUGGGUGCUUGUGUAUUUUGGAGAAAGAGG